GCAGACGGCACGUUAUAGCAGUGCUCUGGGUGGGCGGGUUGUUGCGCAUGUGCGGCUGCUGUCGGUGUGGUUGUGCUGCCCGCCGCCCUUCCGAUUCCGGAUCAGGAGCCGGGACCGUGGAGAUCCAGGAUCAGCUGUGACACCGGGGGCAAUACUGGAUGCGAUUGUAACAAACCCUCAGCUGAGAAGUAUUUGGCGCCAAGCAUUGCCUAGACUGGAUAGGCCCAGCUGUAUGGACUCUAAGCCUCCAUCAUGGGGCAUAUGCUAUCCAGGGUGUUUGGGAACAAAGAAAUGCGAAUAUUGAUGUUGGGCCUAGACGCUGCCGGGAAGACGACCAUUCUGUACAAACUCAAGUUGGGUCAGUCGGUUACAACCAUUCCCACCGUGGGUUUCAAUGUGGAAACGGUAACCUAUAAGAAUGUUAAGUUCAACGUGUGGGACGUUGGCGGUCAGGACAAGAUCCGUCCUCUCUGGCGGCACUAUUACACAGGCACACAGGGCCUCAUAUUUGUGGUAGACUGUGCUGACCGCGAUCGAAUCGAUGAGGCCAGGCAAGAACUCCACCGCAUCAUCAAUGACCGUGAAAUGAGGGAUGCCAUCAUUCUGAUUUUCGCCAAUAAACAGGACCUGGUGGAUGCAAUGAAGCCUCACGAAAUCCAGGAAAAGCUGGGACUAACCCGCAUCAGGGACAGGAACUGGUACGUCCAGCCAUCUUGUGCCAACACUGGAGAGGGAUUGUACGAGGGCCUUAUGUGGCUUACGUCAAACUACAAAUCUUAAAUUCCUCUUUUUAUGGUGGUUAUUUUUUUUUUUUCUUUUUUUUUUUUAAUAUAUGAUUUUUAUUUUUUUUCAUUUUUAUCGGAUCAGUAGAGGAGCUGAAGGAGUGAUCCUCAUCAACCAAAUGUGGGUGACCCAUUUUGUUAUGUAAUGGAAGUUAAAGGGAGAUUUUGGUGUUGCAGGGCUGUGAGGGACUCUCUUGAUACGUGACAGCCGCCUGCGAUAUCUGCCUUAAUACUUAGUGUGAAGCGACUAACGCGGUUGAGCGUUUGCUCUUCCUUCAGACCUCAGCAACCAAUGCUCUCUCUGUCUCUUUUAUCUUGUUAAUGGAAAGGGCUGGUUACCUCUUGCUCAGCAGUCCCGAUAACUAAAAAAAUCUCCAACAAUCAUGGCUAAACAGCAAAGUCUGUGCAGGGUGAAUGUUCCAGUGUUACAUUACCAUGGGUGCCGUAGCCUCUCGUCUUUUCCCAUACCAGACUGGUGCCUGUACUUUAAAGCGCUUGAUUGUGUCUUGGUCAACCCUGAAAUGGGUUGUUCAAUGAAGACCACCUCUUAAGUGUAUAUUGACGUCACAGAGGGGGUUUCCCAACCGGGAUCCUUCCUCUGUGUGUUGUUCUGGCCCGUCCAUAAGAAUACCCAGCAUGUAAUGCUACAUUUCCCUGUGACUUUUAUAUAUAUUAUUUCCCCAGUCUAGACCAGUUCUUUCCAUAACGUGCAUACUGUACAAUUGACCAGACCAUCAUUCCCCUUUUUUUUUUUCCCCCCAAAUCCAAUACAUUCCCGUUGCUCGUAUUAUUUGUAGUCAUUCACUGUUUAGAAUGACCAUAAUGUCAACCUGUAGAUAGUUUGGGUCUCAAAAUUCUUAUAAAAUUCUCACCUAUGCCUGUUAAGUUAGUGUUUUCAAGGCUUUUUGACCCCAGAAUAGCACCCGAUUUUUACAGUCCCUCCUAUCUAUUUGAACACAAAGCCGGUAUCCAUUGAAGUUCUAUAUUAGGAGCUUCUUGGCACUUUUGGCACUGCUAAUUCCCUCCUCCCCUCUUACCUUGUUGACAGGCAUGAGACAAAGUAAUCCAAUCCGACAUGGUUGCACUUUAUGUAUGGACAAAGUCCUCUGUCCUUUAAUGGUGUUACUAGAGGUUUUUUUUUUUUUUUAGCCAUAUUGUUCUAAUGCAGUGUUCAUUGUUGAUCAGGAGGCCAUCAUACACUUUUGUUUUGGCUCAGUCUUCCAGCCCCACCCCCUGGACACUAGUGUCCGACAUUAGCCCUGCUACCCACUGACUCAUUGGAUUGGGUGGAGGGGGGGGAGGUGAAGGGGUUAAUUCUUUACUCACUGAAAUACAAUGCUGAGCUAUGCAGCCGCCCUCUUUAUUUCUGCUCUCCUGUCUGGUGCACUAAUGCUAUUUCUGUUUCGGAAAAAAAAAAAAGUUUUACUUUCAAUAGGACUUGUUCCAUGUUGUAUUGCUUAAAAAACUUCAACUGAACAAUAAAAACUUAAUAAUGCA